CAGAGGCAGGGAAGCGCGCCCGGCGUUGCAGCUGAGCAGCGAGGCCAGGCUGGAGGGGGGCUGCCCGGAGCCCGCAGGACGACCACCGCCCUCCCUGCACCGCCUCCUCCCCGCGGCGCGCCCCCCUCCUGGCCCCAUGGACUUUUUGGAGUGAGGGCAACUUUCCCCGACGACGCCUCCUUCGCCCUCGCCAGCAAAAGCCGCUUCUUUUCCCUUUUCCUCUUUCUCUCUCUCUUUUCCUCUCUCCUUCCUCGCAAACUCUCCUCCACUGAGAUCGGGAGCAGCAACUUUUCCUGCCUCUCCAAGCUUCUCCUCUCCGGCCGCCGUCGGAAGGGGGCCUGAGCGGAGACCGGGCGGCGGGCGUCGUCGGGGGCCGGGGCACGCGGCGGCGGCGGCGGCCUGGGUGGCCCUCUAUGCGGUGAGAUGGCGUCGGAGCUGGCCAUGAGCGCGGCGGACUUGCCCACCAGCCCGCUGGCCAUCGAAUACGUCAACGACUUCGACCUGAUGAAGUUCGAGGUGAAGAAGGAGCCGGCCGAGGCGGAGCGCUUCUGCCACCGCCUGCCGCCGCCGGGCUCGCUCUCCUCGACGCCCAUCAGCACGCCCUGCUCAUCCGUGCCGUCGUCGCCCAGCUUCUGCGCGCCCAGCCCCGGAGGGCAGCCGCCGACGGGCCUCGCCCACCCGGGAGGCGGGGGCGGCGGGGGCGGCGGCGGAGGCAACCCCGGAGGGGCGUCGGGCAAGGCCCAACUGGAAGAUCUCUACUGGAUGUCCAACUACCAGCACCACCUGAACCCCGAGGCGCUGAACCUGACGCCCGAGGACGCCGUCGAGGCGCUCAUCGGACACCACCACCACCAUCACCACCACCAGGGCGGCUACGAGGGCUUCCGGGGGGGCCAGCCGUUCCCCGGCGAGGAGUUGGCCCCGUCGGGCCACCACCACCCUCACCACCACCACCCGGGGCACCACCACCACCACCCCGGGGCCGGGCACCACCCCCAUCACCACCACCUGCGCCUGGAAGACCGCUUCUCCGACGACCAGCUGGUGUCCAUGUCGGUGCGCGAGCUGAACCGGCAGCUGCGCGGCUUCAGCAAGGAGGAGGUGAUCCGCCUCAAGCAGAAGCGGCGGACCCUCAAGAACCGCGGGUACGCGCAGUCGUGCCGCUACAAGCGCGUCCAGCAGCGGCACAUCUUGGAGAACGAGAAGUGCCAGCUGCAGGGCCAGGUGGAGCAGCUCAAGCAGGAGGUCUCCCGCCUCGCCAAGGAGCGGGACCUUUACAAGGAGAAGUACGAGAAGCUGGCCGGGCGCACCUUCGCCGCCGCCGCCGCCAGGGACCCGUCGCCCGCCCAGGGGGGACCCGCGCCGGGCAAGCCGCCCUCCGCCGACUUCUUCAUGUGAAGCCGCGGGCACGACGGCGCGGACGGAGCUGGGGGAGCCCCCGUCCCACCCCUCGAGA